GAACCUUAGAGAUGAUCUAGUUCAGUCAGUCAAUCAACAAGCAUUUAUUAGGCGCCGACUAUGUGCCAGGCACUGUCCAUUUCAUUAGGAAGGAACCUUAGAGAUGAUCUAGUUCAGUCAGUCAAUCAACAAGCAUUUAUUAGGCGCCGACUAUGUGCCAGGCACUGUCCAUUUCAUUAGGAAGGAACCUUAGAGAUGAUCUAGUUCAGUCAGUCAAUCAACAAGCAUUUAUUAGGCGCCGACUAUGUGCCAGGCACUGUCCAUUUCAUUAGGAAGGAACCUUAGAGAUGAUCUAGUUCAGUCAGUCAAUCAACAAGCAUUUAUUAGGCGCCGACUCUAUGCCGGCUGGGACCCCCAGGCCCUCAAGCUGCUCCCAGGCCUCUUGUUUCUUGCGGGGAGGAAGCUGAGGCUCAGAGCGGGUUAGGGAUCCCGGAGCGAGGCACUCGCCCUGCGGACUCAGGCUGGCAGCUGCCAUUUAUGGCUCCGAAGUUCCUUGGAGAUACUGAGAGGGCAGGACCUUGCUUAGGACCACCCGCCUGUGUGCGCGGCAGGACUCGACCCCGUCCCUCCCUACAGUCAGCUCUCUAAGCAUCAGGCGCACUUUUUCAGGGACAGCAGGAACUUAUUUCCACAGUCCUUUAAGGUUUGCAAAGCGCUUCAAGUUGUCACGUGAACAACUUCCACAGAGCUUUGCAAAAGGCUUUAUGGGGUAUGGAAGGGAAAGCUCGCGGCUGCUCUCUCAGGGAAAGCGGAGGGGCUGGAGAAGCGGAUUGAGGAAGGAGAGACUACAAAUCCCAGGAGGCCGUGCGUUGCCGCCGGCCUGCCAUACGACUAAGAGAAGCUGGAAAAAAGGAGGGAAGGAAGGGAAGGAGGGUAGGAAAGAGAGGAUAUCACUCCCAGGCUGCUUUGCGGAGCAGCCUGCCGGUCCGUAGAGAAAGCCGAGGGCGCGGGAGCGACUACACUUCCCAGACGGCCUUGCUCCCCGCUCGGGAGAGGACUACGUAUCCCAGGCUGCCUUGCGCGGCGGGCGGCCGUCCUGUCAGUCGGGAGUGGGGCGGGGACGAAGGCGGAGGCGGGGCGGCUCGGCUCCGGGAUCGGCCGCGGCGGGCGGGCCGUUGGCGCUGCGGGCGCCUGGGGAUGCCCGGGGCUGAGGCCGGGGCUGUGGCGGCCGAAGAGGGCGGGGGCCCCGAGGCCGCCCGGGAGCCGGCGCGGCUCUGCGGCUACCUGCAGAAGCUGUCUGGUAAGGGCCCCCUGCGAGGCUACCGCAGCCGCUGGUUCGUGUUCGACCCGCGCCGCUGCUACCUCUACUACUUCAAAAGCCCUCAGGACGCGCUGCCCCUCGGCCACCUGGACAUCGCCGACGCCUGCUUCAGCUACCAGGGCCCCGACGAGCCAUCCGCCGCCGGGCCCGGCGCAGCCGGGGCCGCCUCGACCGGGGGCGCCGAGGAGCCCCCCGCCGCGCUCUUCCAGGUGCACAGCGGAGGCGGUGUCACCGUGCUCAAGGCUCCUAACCGUCAACUCAUGACAUACUGGUUACAAGAACUACAGCAGAAGAGGUGGGAAUAUUGCAACAGUCUUGAUCCUGUGAAGCGGGACAGCAGGACCUUCCCAAAUCCCGGUGACUUUUCCAAAGGUCUUGUUGCCAAAGAUAACGCAGAUGGGAUUCUCCUGCAUCCGAACACUUCUGCCGAGAAGGCCAGAAACGUCCUCUCUGUGGAGGCCGCCCCCGGAGAGCUGGUGGGAGAGCAGGCCGCCAUCCAGCCGGCCCCGACCCAAUCCAGCACCAGCAACUUUUCCCUGAAGCAGUGGGGCACCGACAUCAAAAAUUCGAUGUCUUCAUUUCGACCUGGAAGAGGAAAUAAUGACAGCCGGAAGAGUGUGUUUUAUACCAAUGAAGAAUGGGAAUUUAUAGACCCCAAUCCAAAGGAUUUAGAGGAAUCUGUGCUUCAUGAGCAAGGGAAGAAGCAAACCUCUGAGGGAAACAAAGGAGUGACUAGCUCGGCGUUCCCUUUUGAUUUUGGCCGUAUUCCGUAUAAAGGAAAGCGACCUUUGAAAGAGAUGAUUGGGUCAUACAAGAACCGAAAUAAUAGUGGUGAUUCUCCAGUUGAAUGGACUUCAGGCAAUGGCAGUAAAUCAGCUUCUGAAAUGCAAUUGAAGUUUCAAAGCCAGCAGGGAGACCUAGAAAGACUGAAGAAGGAACUCUCUAGCCAAAAGGAACUUGUACGACUUUUACAGCAGACGGUCAGGUCAUCCCAAUAUGAUAAAUAUUUCACUAGUAGCCAUCUUUGUGAUGGAGUCCCAAAAGAGAAACUUGAGCUUCUGCACCAAAAGGAUGAUCAGAUCUUAGGCCUCAGCAACCAACUUGAAAAGUUCAAUCUGGAAAAAGACAGUCUCCAGCAGGAAGUAAAGAACUUGAAAUGCAAAGUUGGUGAACUCAACGAACAGCUGGGCAUGUUAUUGGAAACAAUCCAAGCCAAAGAUGAAGUGAUCAUUAAACUCUCCAGACAGCUCAGUGAAUGUGAAGGGAACGCAUCUUCCCAAACACUCGGCACGUCCACGUCCGCUUCUGUUAACAAAGACCUCCAGGAGCUCGACAGACUAAAAGACAGUCUUCAAGGGUAUAAGACACAGAAUAAAUUUCUAAAUAAAGAGAUUUUGGAACUCUCAACUCUUCGGAGAAAUGCGGAAAGACGAGAAAAGGAUUUAAUGAUUAAGUAUUCUAGCCUGGAAGCCAAGCUGUGUCAGAUAGAGAGCAAGUACUUGAUCUUGCUUCAAGAAAUGAAGAACCCUGUGUGCUCUGAAGAGCAGGGGCCCGCCCGGGAUGUCAUAGCCCGGCUCCUGGAAGAUGCCCUGCAGGUGGAAGGCUCCGAGCAGCCCGAACAAGCUUUUGUCAAACCACAUCUUGUCAGCGAGUAUGACAUUUAUGGGUUUCGGACGGUGCCUGAGGAUGACGAGGAAGAGAAGCUGGUCGCUAAAGUGCGGGCGCUGGAUCUGAAGACCCUGGCGCUCACAGAAAAUCAGGACAUUUCCACUGGGGUCAAGUGGGAAAAUUAUUUUGCCAGCACCAUGAACCGAGAGAUGAUCUGCUCCCCUGAGCUGAAAAACCUCAUCCGCACCGGGAUUCCCCACGAGCACCGCUCCAAGAUUUGGAAGUGGUGCGUGGACCUCCGCAUGAAGAAGUUCAAGGACCGGGCGGAGCCCGGCUACUUCCAGACCCUGCUCCAGAACGCUCUGGAGAAGCAGAAUCCGGCCUCGAAGCAGAUCGAGCUGGACCUCUUAAGAACGUUGCCAAAUAACAAGCAUUACUCCUCCCCGACUUCAGAAGGCAUUCAGAAACUGCGCAAUGUCCUCUUGGCCUUUUCAUGGAGAAACCCCGAUAUAGGAUAUUGCCAAGGUUUAAACAGGUUGGCUGCAGUUGCUCUCCUCUACUUGGACCAAGAAGAUGCUUUUUGGUGUCUUGUUACCAUCGUGGAAGUCUUUAUGCCCCGAGAUUAUUAUACAAAAACGCUCCUGGGAUCACAGGUGGACCAGCGCGUUUUCAAAGACCUGGUGAGUGAGAAGCUGCCUCGGUUACACGCCCACUUUGAACAGUACAAAGUGGACUAUACACUCAUCACCUUCAACUGGUUCCUGGUGAUAUUUGUGGACAGUGUGGUCAGUGACAUCCUCUUCAAAAUUUGGGACUCUUUCCUUUAUGAAGGACCCAAGGUCAUUUUCCGCUUCGCUCUGGCGCUUUUUAAGUACAAAGAAGAAGCAAUCCUGAAGUUACACGAUCCGAUGUCCAUAUUCAAGUACCUGCGAUAUUUCACUCGCACAGUUCUCGAUGCCAGGAAGCUGAUCAGCAUUGCUUUUGGGGACCUGAACCCUUUCCCUCUGCGGCCCAUCCGGAACCGGAGGAGCUACCACCUGGAGAAGGUGCGUCUCGAGCUCUCGGAGCUGGAGGCCAUCCGGGAGGACUUUGUCCGGGAGCGCGACACGGACGCCGACAAGCGCGACCUCAUCAGCGACGAGGACGAGGACAGCUGAGCGUCCCUCCCCCCUCCCCGGGCGUCACGACCAAAGCGAGGGGAGCAGACGCAGCUCGGGCGGUCUGUUCUCCCGAGAAUGUACACGGCGCGUCCGGGAGUCUGCUGGACACAUUUCCGACGCGACGGCCCCCGCCCCCGCCCGAGGCAGGAGCCCUCUGCCUUGUUUACAGCCGCCUUCCCAGUCACGUGCCCGCCGCGGGGGGAGGCGGAGAGCCCCGACCUCGGGCCUGGUCUGGUCCCGGCCACGCCUUAGCCCGCAGGAACCCGAAGGCCCGAGCCCGCCCUCCCUCCGGAAACUCCUGGAAGUGCUUCGGUGCCAGGGCCCCGGGGAGGCCGGCUCGGCCGUUCUCCUUGUCCUUCCGCGGCCAUCUCCCCAAGCCGGGGAGCUGAAGCAACUUUGGAACCGCGGGCCUCGAUGCAUGCAAAGCCCGCCCUGGUUCUCCUCGGGAGUGCUGUCGUCUCCAGGGCCUGCGGCUUGUGGAGAUGGUGGCAGAUCCCGGGGCUGUCCGGCCACCACCCUGGCGGGCUUGGCGUGAUUUGGGGGAGGAGACUUUAAGGCAGAUUUUUGGCAAGACUGAUCAGGGUAAGAUUGUACUUCCCAAAGAGGUAACAAAACCGCAUCUCACAGAUAAGCAGUAGUGUGGGCGUCGGUGACUGGGGAGCCCCGGGGCCGCCCACCCCCCUCCAACCCCCGCUUCAGUUUUUUUCCCAAGAUUCUGUCCCAGGAGAGCACAUUGGCUCCAGGUGAGUUACUUUGUAUUCCCUUAUCCUGGGGGCUUCCCCUACAAUCUAGGUUUCCUGCACUGCCCUGGCUCUCUCUGCUGUCAAAGCCAAUGGUCCCUUUGGUUCUUGGUUAGUCUUAGAGCACAUCCUUUGUGAGAAGCCGAGAAAGAUAGCAAGUGUCUCCCAGAGAGCCAUGUUUUCCUUACCAUGAUAGCCUGUGGCCAGCUGUUUACAGACUUCCCGUGAGAUGCAGUUUGAUAACAAAGUGGCUGCCGUUUGUUCUAAAUCUGAUCAGAAUGUGGGAGACUUUCUUUAGUUUUUAGUAGAAAAUAUAUAGGCAGUUUGGGUUAGAGGCAAUUGUUUGUGCUUUAUACUGUGGUUCCACUCUAAUUCGCAAACAUUGUAAGGAAUAUUUUUAAAAAUUGAGUUUUAAAAUGACAUUUUUUCCAAAGUCCCUGACUGGACUAAAGACUUCUAGAAAUAAUCAUACAUAUCCUGCAAAUGCUAUCAAAUUUGUUAGUGAUUUCUAGAAUUUCUGUUUUGUGAUUUUAAAAAAUUUUAUAUUUCUACUCUUUUUAAAAAAUUAUCCUAUCAACUGAGACUCAAUUUAGUCUUUCUGAUGUUAGAAUUUGGAUUAUUCUUCUUUUGAAAAAACUCUAGAGUGAACCACACCUUUAAUACGAUAGUCUUAUUCUCUAUUCAGAUGUUAAAUUUGAUGUGAAAUGCAUUAGAAAAUUCAUCCUUGGCUGAGAUGGGGAAAGAUAGGGUAUAGCUAGAGUUAGUGGAGCACAUACCUCUCCAGAAGUCAGUGGAAAGUUGAGCCUUGCAGUUAUGAGCCAUUCAGGGACUUCCCAGCCACUGAUACACACUGAGCAGUCUCUGACCUCCGCCCUAUAAAGUGAUGGUUCCUAACUUGGGAAGUUCCAAGUGGGAAUUUGCUUAUCUCUGGCAGAUCCCUUGGAGUUAACUUUUCACAAGAUACUGUUUCUAGAAACAAAUCUUGCAUUUGCUGUUUGAAAGUGGUUCCAGAAAGUUUCCAGAGAGGAGAACUGCCACAUAUGGUCUGAAUUUGGAAAUUCAGCCCUUAGUCUUAAGGGAAUGGUAUUUGAUCCUUUGAUUCCCUGAUAGGUACUGUGGUGCUCUUUUAGAGCAGAAGGAAUUCACAUUAUCAGUAGAUCCCUGCAGGGCUAUCUAUAUUGGAAUUAAUCCUAGAAACAUGGGAGGCAAGGGCAGCUCUCACUCUGGCAAUCCUGGGGUCCAGCCCCAUCGCCUCCUGCUGUCUGUCCCCUCCUGCUCCGGGACCACACCAGAAGAGAAUGUGGAGAGGUACAAGCUCACCGAUGUCCAGGAGACUUGGGGGUGGGGAAAGGAAGGGAUAGGCUUCUCCCUCGCCCCAACAUUCACUUUGUCUACCAAAGAACUGGCAGGAUGGAGCUUGAACUUCUUCAGAAUUCAUCUUAGUGUGUCUAGGAGGUUCGUUCUGUUCACCCUAGAGUGGAAUGGGCUCCAUUGCUGUCAUCCUACAGUAGGGUCAAUGGGCUGGCAGACCAAGACUGGAGAAUUAGUGAAGGAGCCCAGAGGUCAUGGAGAGCACCUUAGCCUUCUGGGUCUCCCAUUUCAGCUGGAAGAACCGCAGUUGAGCCUGGUCAGUUCUAAACCAAUGCUUUGGAAAUCCAGUAUUCAAGAUGAAAAAGAUAAAUGCAAUGAAUAUCUGUUAAUAAGUACUUUUUGUUUAUUUUCACUACAGUUUAUAUUUUUAUAGCCAAUUUUAUCGAGGUUUUUCUAGGUAAUGGACAUUUUAUUUUAUAUGGCAAAUGCAUGAUUCCCUUUAUGUGUAUUUAUGUAAGCACAAACCACUGAGUUACGGUUCUCCUCUAUCUUUGGUCAGCAUUCACUUUAUGCAUGAACUUCUGGCCCCAGGUAUCCCCUUGUGUUACUCAUGCUGGAAUAUUAAGAGUAAUACUAGAGAGAAGAGCUGUGGGGUCUGUGGUGGGUUGAUAGUAAUUCAGGUUUCAACUAUACUGUGUAUGGGAAUAUCAAGUAUUAUAGACAAGUAUUACUGUUUUGUUUUCUUUGAUAAUGGUCUAUCAUAUUGUAUAAACUGCCCCCGCUUUGGGACUAGGGGCUGGAGGACGUUACUUGCAGUAUUUUUCUUUGUGUGUACAAGGGUGGAUCUGGCAGUUCGAGCUUGACCAGAUCAUUGGAGAGCAGGGGAAUGGGGAGAAAUCCUCAGGAGUGGCCAUUUUGACACGAGCAUGUGAUGCUCCUGUAUAGCUGGAAUCUGUGAUGUGAGAAUCCAUAUUGCCCCUCUUCCAGCCCCAGAGCUGGCUAAAAAUGUCUGAAGUAACCUGCCUUAAAGGAAGGCCCUCGUUGGCUUAUGUUCUACUUGGAGCUAUGUGCACAGUCUUCAAGUGAAGUUUUAGAAUUGUAAUAUUAAAGGAAAAAAUAAAAUGUUAAUUUUGUGUAA